AUGAGAGUGGCUGUAGGGAUGUCAGGAGGAGUAGACAGUGCAGUAGCAGCCUGGUUAUUGAAGAAGAGAGGAUUCAACGUCACUGGCGUUUACAUGAUAAACUGGGAUCAUGUUGAAGAGGGAAGUGUCACAUGUCCACGUACAAAGGAUGAAGCUGAUGCGCGACGAGUCUGUGAAAAGUUGGAUAUCCCAUUUGCUACAGUGAAUUUUGUCAAAGAAUACUGGAAUGAGGUAUUUAUAAAAAUGGUGGACAACUAUCGUCGCGGACGAACAGUAGUGCCAGAUAUCGCGUGUAACAGCCGUAUCAAAUUUGAACAUCUUCAUCAUUAUGUGAUCGAAAAUCUUGGUGCGGAUUUUAUUGCAACUGGUCAUUAUGCUAGCACGUCGUUGGGUGAUUUUCAAGAAAAACGAGAAACUGGAUCAGGCAUUCGAUUGUUGUGUGGAACAGAUCCACUUAAGGAUCAAACUUACUUCUUAUGCACGUUACGUCAAGAACAACUGAGAAGAGCUAUGUUUCCUAUUGGUUCACUAACGAAAACAAAAGUUCGACAGAUAGCACGACAGCAAGGCUUAGACGAAGUUGCCGACAAAGCUGAGAGUAUGGGUAUCUGCUUUGUAGGUAAAAGGAAGGAUUUUGAAGGCUUCAUAGAUCAAUAUAUCGAGCCUAGGACCGGCAAAAUUUUAACCGUGGAUGGUAAAUAUAUCGGCCAACACGAAGGCGUACAUCAUUUUACGCUAGGAAAACGAAUAGCGAUACAGGGAUGUCAUCUUGGGUACUUUGUUGCUAAAAUUAAUGCUGCUAGCAACAUUGUUUAUGCGUGCGAAGGCUCCUACCAUCCUUGUCUGUAUGCGACAGAUUUCUGUGUGCAGGAACCGCAAUGGAUCGAAAGGAAUCCUUUGUUAGGCGUUGACGAAGCAGUACUUGAAUGCCGAAUUCAACGUGGCCAUCCACCAGUGACUUGCCUGCUGAGACGGAUAAAUCGAGAUCAUUUAUCUGUACGACCAGCAAUUCCGCUUCGAGCUGUCGCUGAUGGACAGACAUGUGUGUUCUACAGUAAUAAGGAAUGCCUUGGAGGAAGCGAAGUACAGUGGGUCACCUCAACAUUACAGUACAGCUGA